AUGCCUGGACAGCAGCGAUUGCCGGGCUGCCGCUCGCUGCACGUCAACGAGGAUAACGGGCGCUUCGUGCUUCUGGCGCUACUCAUCGUAGUGUACCUGCUUUGCGGCGCUGCGGUUUUCUCAGCCAUCGAACGACCGUCUGAGGUGCGAGCCCGAGGACGCUGGAAUCGCACACUGCACAACUACAGCGACGCGUUUAACAUCAGUGUGCACGAGCUCAGCACGUUUCUACGCGAGUACGAAACCGCAUUGGCAGCUGGGAUCCGGGCAGAUGCUCUCCGACCACGAUGGGAUUUUACUGGGGCAUUCUAUUUUGUGGCAACUGUUGUGUCAACUAUAGGGUUUGGGAUGACAACUCCUGUGACAGUAGCUGGCAAAGUUUUUCUGAUCUUCUAUGGUCUGUUGGGCUGCGCUGCCACCAUUCUCUUCUUCAACCUUUUCCUAGAACGUAUCAUCACUCUACUUGCUGUGGUGAUGAAAGCUGUUAGACUACGUCGCCUGCGAACUAGUGGUCUACUCCCACCAGGAAUCUGCCAGGAUUUUGCAGUCAGCCUUCUGCCAGGCUGGAAGCCAUCUGUCUACCAUGUAAUGCUGAUCCUGGGCCUGUCAGCAAUCAUCAUCUCCUGUUGUGCCUCAGCCAUGUACACACCUGUAGAAGACUGGGCUUACCUUGACUCUCUUUACUUCUGCUUUGUCACAUUUAGUACUAUUGGCUUUGGAGACCUAGUCAGCAGCCAAAAUGAAGCAUACAGCUACCAAAGUCUUUACAGGCUGGCCAACUUUUUCUUCAUCCUGACUGGUGUCUGCUGCAUCUACUCACUCUUUAAUGUGAUCUCAAUAGUCAUUAAGCAGGUGCUUAACUGGAUGCUGAGCAAGAUGAGUUGCUUCUGUUGCCAGCGCUGCAACAAGGCUACUGUUUUUUUGGGGCGCCGCAAUGCCAUACGUCCUGGCUCACGCCUUAGACAGGCCCGUUUUGGGCGCCCACUGGAGUCAAAAGAAUCAUGUAACUAUGACCCAGAGGAAAGAAGACUCUCUGGUGAAAUGAUUUCCAUGCGGGACUUGGCAGGCUCAAAUAAGAUCUCACUGGCUAUCAUGCAGAAACAGCUCUCAGAUUCAGCUAAUGGGUACCCCAGGACAGUGUGUGGAAGCUCAAGGCACAAUGGAUUUUCUGGUGGAGUUGGAGCCCUGGGAAUCAUGAACAACAGACUAGCAGAGACAAGUGGCUCUAGGUAA